AUGCCGGGCUACCGCCUAUCGCAAACUUGGUUCUCGAGGUCGCCCUUGGCUACUUUGAAUCAUCGUCCGCUCCCUACAGCGUUAAAGUGCCAGUAUCUGCCAUCGCGUUCUAUAUCGCUUUGGCAGCCUAUUAGCAAGCCACCUGAUAAACUGGAUAAGGGUACAUCGGGUUUGGAAUUAUACGCUAAAACGAAGAGCGAGUCAUCGUUGGUUACUAAGCUGUGGCAAAGCAUCAAGCGUGUAACCCGCAUAGAUGAGGGUGACCCUGACGAACAGACCACGGAAUACUUCCAAUACUCCGUGGAGCGUCUAAUGCAACAGCCUGGCGAGUUCACGUUUGACAAGUUCGCUACUUAUUUAGAGGACAUAUGCACCAAACUACGCCUCAUAGGGAAGCGCCCUAUUCCCGACGAAGAUUUAAGUGCUCCUUUGAGACAAUUGAAAUUACAGCAUGAAAUGAUGAAGUUUCUGACCCCUCGGGAAAAGGAGUCGGACUCAGCAUCAGUAUUCAGCCAUCAAGCCAAAGUGCUCUUGUCUGAGGCUGUUAAAUGCACAUUAAAAGAUGUUGAUGACAUGUUACUUCAUCAUGACAUCUGCAAAACCGAUCGUACGUGGUAUUUCCGGCGAAUUGUGCUGGGUCGUCAUCUGCCUACCAGUUACGAGGAGCGUGAGCACCUUUCAUACCAGCGUCCUAUAGUACGUGAAGCGUCCCAGUUGUUCCCCGAAACUGAAUCUCUUGAAGCUGCAAAACUUAAGAGCAUGCGUGACGCCGUACACUACCGUAAACCGCCGUAA